AUGAUCCAGGAGGGUCAAAUUUACACGGGGCGCGUGCGAAGCAUCAAGCCUUUUGGAGCAUUUAUCUCUAUAAGAAGCGAGGAAAAAUCUAAAGACGGACUCUGUCACAUUUCACAGAUUUCGACUCGACGAUUGGAAUCCCCAUCGGAGGUUUUAAAGACCGGACAAGAGGUUUUCGUCAAGGUGAUAAAAGUCCAGAAUGACGGAAAGGUCUCUCUUUCUAUGAGAAACAUUGACCAAAGCAAAGGCAUCGAGAUUCUAGAGACAGAAACGGUAGAGCCACGCGGACAGAAGCGAAGACAGGACCCAGAUCUCUGGGAGCUAACACAGAUGAACAAUGCAUUUGGUAUCAAAAAGAUUGCUUUGAUGGGCAACGAUGGCGAAGAUCCAUAUGCUGAGGUGGAUGAAGUUCCAGAACAGGAUUCGGAAGAAGAAGAAGUGGAAAUCGAGGUGUCAAAAACCGUGCCAUCGUUCUUGAAGGGGAAGAAUCUCAAAUUGGACGUGGAUGAGUCAGCUCUCACUGUUACCAAAAAUCCAGAAGGCUCCAUGACAAGAGUUGCCCAGUAUGGAUCGAAGUUUAUGAGCGAGGCGAAGACAAAGAAGUUGGAGCGAAAAAAAGAGGAAGAGCGCAUCAAGAGGUUAGAGGAAAAGAUUAGGAUGAAUGGUGACCCUUUAAACCAAAUGACGAGACCCAACAUAAACGAGAUCAAAAAGUCUGCAUACGAAGAGUGGCAGCGCCAAUCCAGAAACCAAUCGUAUGGAAUCCGCUCUAACAUGAGUAUCAAGGAACAGCGAGAAUCUUUACCCGUUUAUCAAAAAAGAGAUGAACUUCUCCGGUUGGUGCAGCAGAACGAUUUUCUCAUCGUUGUUGGCGAAACAGGUUCCGGAAAGACCACCCAGAUUACGCAGUAUUUGGCAGAGGAGGGCUAUUCCACCAAAGGGGUCAUUGCGUGUACGCAGCCAAGGAGAGUUGCUGCAACCAGCGUGGCAAAAAGAGUUGCUCAAGAAGUCGGCUGUAGAUUGGGCGAAGAGGUUGGUUACACUAUUCGUUUUGAGGACUGCACGAGUAACAAGACCAUAAUCAAAUAUAUGACCGAUGGUAUGUUGCAACGUGAAGUUCUGGUGGAUCCAGACCUAAUGAAGUACUCUGUGAUCAUGUUGGACGAAGCUCAUGAGCGGACGAUUGCUACAGAUGUGCUUUUUGCGCUGUUACGGGAGGCCGUGAUAAGACGCAAAGGUGGUCUCAAGCUCAUAGUCACGUCUGCUACUCUGGAUUCCCAGAAAUUUUCCAAAUACUUUGAAAACUGUCCUGUUUUCCACAUUGAGGGACGAACUUUUCCCGUCAAGAUUUUCUACACAAAGGAGCCAGAACUCGACUACAUCCAGUCUUCCAUUGAAACUGUUUUAGACGUGCACACAAACAACCCCCCGGGCGACAUUCUCGUGUUUCUGACCGGUAAAGAGGAAAUUGAUACUUGUUGUGAAACGCUGGUUGAAAAGAUGAGUCUGCUACGUGCAGAAAAACCUCAUGUCUCAGAGCUGAUUGUUUUGCCAAUCUAUUCUUCGCUACCGUCAGAAAUGCAGAGCCGCAUCUUUGAGCCAACUCCGCCAGGAAAGCGCAAAGUUGUGCUUGCUACGAAUAUUGCCGAGACAUCUGUUACGAUCGAUGGAAUUUACUACGUUAUUGAUCCGGGAUAUGUCAAAGUCAACGCUUACGACCCAAAGCUGGGGAUGGACUCAUUAAUUGUGCAGCCGAUCUCUCGCGCUCAGGCAGAUCAACGGUCUGGUCGAGCGGGAAGAACAGGGCCUGGUAUUUGCUACCGUUUAUAUACAAAGAACGCAUAUCUGAACGAGAUGCCAGCCAAUACUGUUCCCGAAAUUCAGCGUCAAAAUCUGUCUUAUACGAUCUUGAUGCUGAAGGCGAUGGGCAUCGACGAUGUUCUUGGCUUCAACUUCAUGGAUAGACCGAAAGAGCAACUUAUUCUCACCGCGCUGGAAGAGCUGUACAUUUUAGAUGCGUUGGACGAAAAUGGGGUCCUGACAGAUUUUGGAAAGCGGAUGGCGUUUUUCCCGAUGGAACCAUUAUUGUCAAAGACUCUGAUCCAGUCAAUUGAGUUCAAAUGUUCGGAUGAGGUCAUCACCAUCAUUGCGAUGCUUUCCGUGCCAGACAUCUUUUAUCGGCCAAAAGAGAAACGCGACGAAGCAGAUCGCAUAAAGGCUAAGUUCCACGAUUAUAAUGGGGACCAUCUGACUCUCUUGAACGUUUAUAACAAAUGGUCCGAUGCCGAAAACCAGAGACUUUGGUGUCAAAACAAUUUCAUUCAUGAAAAGUCAAUGCGAAGAGCCAGAGAGGUGCGCAGGCAGCUACUGAAAAUUUUUGACAAUCUUGACAAGCGAGAGCGUCAGAUGGAAUCGUCUGUGAUCAGUUGUCGUGGGAACUGGGAUCUCAUCCGCAAAGCUUUCGUUUCUGGAUUUUUCAAAAAUUCAGCCAAACGCGCAGCAACACACGAUCCAGAAGAAGGGUCCUACCGGACCCUUGUUGAGAACACUCCCGUGCACAUCCAUCCUUCGUCCUCACUUUUUAGGAAACAUGGGGUGGACUAUGUGAUUUACCACACGCUUGUCCUGACUAAUAAGGAAUACAUGCAUUGUAUCACCAAGAUUGAUCCGAAAUGGCUGGUGAUGUACGCUCCGCGCUUUUUCAAAACUGCCGAUCUGUCGCAACUGAGCUCCAAAAAGAAAACGGAGAAACUGCAGCCCUUGUUCAAUAGAAAUGACCCGAAGGAGAACUGGAGACUCAGCAAGGGUCGGCGUUGA